AUGUCGUCGCGUGCUCCGAAAACGCCAAAAACACGUCCGCUCACCGAUACGGUUCGUUCGCUUUGAAAAAAAAAAAUGUUCUUUCGGAAGCUCGAACCAAAACGUUUACAGAACAGAAAAAAGCUGCAGGAGUACUUUGAGAAGAACGGAAUCCCAGACAGUGCCGGCAGAAAGCGUCUUUCCGAGGAGCUCAACAUCAACAUUAAAAGUGUGAGUUUCAACACACACACACACACAAUACAACCAGACUUGCAACGGGCCGGGCCGGGCCAAAAUUGGAAAUUUUCCGGCCUGGCCCGGUCGGCCCGGGAGGAUGUUAAAAAAUAGAAAUUGCUGUUUAAAGUCGCAAAAUUUUCACAAAAAUUACGAAAAUUUUCUCAAGAGUGGGCGGAGCGAUUGAUUGCAACUCUGGCACGCCAUUUUAGCAAUUUUGCCGCACGCGUUUUCCUCUUCCUUCAUAUUUUUUUUGCAUAUUUUUUUUUUGAGGUCUAACUUCCGGGCCGGCCCGAGAUUUGGCAAGUCUGCAAUAAAACAAACGUUUUUCUUUUUCAUAGGUCGUCGGCUUCUACAUCAAAAAAGCGGAAAAGAAGAAGGAGACGGGAUUGAAGGAAGAGCUCGAGACAGUGGAGUCGAUGGCCGAGCAGCAGGUGCUUCUGAAUCCGUUCCGCCACCUUCACGCCCGUCCAGACGAGCAUCUCGUCAUGGGCUCAACCGUGAAGCGCCAGACAGACGUGCGCGAUUCGAUUGUGAGUCUAUAGGGGCAAUGCUUUGAAUUUUUGACUGAAACAAACGUAUUUUCAGACUUCCUCUCUGGAGAUUGAGCAGCACCUCGUCACUGGGACCGGUUCCCUGAAGCGCAAGGCCGAGGAGCACGACGAAGAGCUCGAAAGUAGCGUGAAGAAGGCCAAGGUGGAGCCCGAGGACCACGGAAUCUUCGCAAAGAUGUACAAGUGGUUGGUGAGUGAAAGAAGCGUGUCACUGAAAAAUUAGGCCAUAACUUAAAAAUGACAGGGUUUUAGAUAAAAUGAUCAACUACAAAGUUGUUUAAAGGUGGUGUCCAACGUGACAUACAACAUAUUUUUAAAAUAAACUUCGAAGUGGGGCAUUCACUUUCCCGAAGUCCCGAAUUACGAAAAAAUUCCCCGAUUUUUAAGAUUUUUUUCAAAAAAGUUAAUGGUACCGAGAGAAGUACACGGCGAAAUGGAAGAGCCGGCCUAGAUUUUUCCAGUCCCCGGAUGGAAUUCCCCUUUUUUUUCGAUUUUUUUCUGUUUUCGUGCAAUUUUCUUAAAUUUUCAAUCGUUUUUUCACUGAGCACACAUAUUUGCAAUAUUUAAAAGAAUUUAUGAUUUUUUCUGUGCCAUGACGCCAAAAAAAUCGAUAAUCUGAAACUUUCAAAAUUCAGCAAAAUUCAGAAAUUCAGCCACUUUUUGUAUAACUGAAAAUAGAAAGUUUUCGAUUUUUCGCAUUACUUUGAAAAAUAUAACUUUCUGUAACUCGCAAACUUUAAUUUAGACUCAGGAAAUGAUUGAGCGAUCUCAUUCUAUUUAUUUUUUAGCGCGAAAACCGAAGAUUGAGCGAAAAACCCGGAAAAACAACAAAAAAAAGUUUCAGAUUAUCGAUUUUUUUGGCGUCACGGCACAGAUAAAAUUAUAAAUUUUUUUAAAUAUUGCAAAUAAGUGUGUUCAGUGAAAAAACGAUUGAAAAUUUAAGAAAAUUGCACGAAAACGGAAAAAAUUCGGAAGAAAAGGGAAUUCCAUCCGGGGACUUGAAAAAUCUAGGCCGGCUCUUCCAUUUCGCCGUGUACUUCUCUCGGUACCAUUAACUUUUUUUUUAAAAAUCUUUAAAAUCGGGGAAUUUUUUUGUAAUUCGGGACUUCGGGAAAGUGAAUGCCCCACUUCGAAGUUUAUUUUAAAAAUAUGUUGUAUGUCACGUUGGACACCACCUUUAACACAAAAUUUGCAACAAUUUUAAUGUUGACCACGUGCUAAAAUAAUUAUUGCGUCUCGAGAUAUAAGUGUCCAAUGAUGUAAGUAGCUUGAACACAAACAAACCUCUGUAAACAAACUGACAAUAGAGAUAUCAAGAAGUUGUCAACUGAUAAAAUGUAGAAAAAUGUUUUAUAAACAUUUUAUUAGUUGCCAACUUUUUGAUAUCUCCAUCAGCAACUGAGAUAUUUGGCAGACAUUCACUUUUUCAGGUCUCCUGGUUCUAG